AUGUCGAUCCCGGCCAUCCUGCUCGCCCUGGUUGUGGUCCUCAGCGUCCUGACGUUCAUUCUGCAGAGCUGCGGGGCUGGGCCAGGCGACAAGUGCGAGACGCCCACAGACAGGGAACCGCCCGCCGGCAGGUUCCACAGAGGGAUCACGCCGAGCGAGGACGAGAUGACCAUGCUCGAUGGGUUGGACUCGCCAGAUUCGCUGGCCAGCUUCGACGGGCUCGGGCCGCCGAUGCGCAACCUGUCCUGGCCCGUGUUCGCCCAGGCCAGUGCGUCGAGGGGUGCCUCGAAGCUGCCGCGCUUCGUGUCGGAGGGGGACGUGCCCGUCGAGAAGACCGUCCUCGGCGUGCUCGACGACCAGCCUAUGUGGUGA